AUGAGUGUGGUGACGCUGGAAGAGUUCUUAGAGAUCUUAAAUGAAGAACAACAUCUCGACCUUGCGAAGCUCCGGAAUUACGCUCGACAUGGCAUCCAUCCCCAGGUCCGAGGUGAAGUGUGGCUUUAUUUGCUAGGUGUUCUCUCCUCCGAUAAGAGCCAGGAAAUGACAGCCGUGCGGAGUAAAUUUUUGGAGUAUGAAUCUGUCAGUAAGAGAAUUCCCGGUGUCGAAAAGCAAAUUCGUACCGAAGUCCUGCGCUACUUCCGACAACGCAUGGAGACGCAUCAAAUUUCACAGCACCGGGAUGGUGCCUCUAUGCUCCGAAAUUUUCGCGCUGUCUCUUCUGCACAGAGCCUUGGUGAUUCGAGUGAAUCUCUCCCCACCUUAUCGAAAAUCAAAGAGACUGAACACCCUUGUUUCCCACGUAUUCUUCCUUCCACACAAUAUGGGCUAUCAACUAUGCGUUCCAAUUCCAAUAUUGAUGAUUCGGAGCUCAUUUCUGAGCAGCGAAAAUUAUCGCAGAGUGUCGAAAAUGUACUUUGCGCCUAUCUAAAUCGACACCUGAUCGCGACCAAUACUCCCUCAUCUUCACAGAAGCGCUCUUUGUAUGAUUCUACCUAUUCUUCCAUGCAAAUCAAGAACCACCCUGAGUAUCCUUGGCUGCAGAAUGCCAGCGGUUCUAACAACCUUGAAUUGGACGAGUUUCAUCCGUCAUUGGUCUAUCUGUGUGCACCUUUUGCACAGUGUGUUAGGGCGGAAGCAGGCAUGUAUUUUGCCUUUGAAAAACUUAUGGCAAUGAUCGAGGAGUACAACCAAACGCAUCCUCUGUCCAAGCGUGUUGCGUCGUUUAUGACGUUGUUUCGUACGACGUUGCCUGAGCUACAUGAAUAUUUCGAAGCCGAAGAGGUAGAUCUUCUCUCUGUGGCCACAAGCUGGCUACAACAUUUACUUGCGCGCGAAAUGCAAAUGGAUGACUUGAUGCGUUUAUGGGAUACCUAUUUUGCGGUACCUGAUUUGCUGGACUUACAUUUGUUUGUCUGCCUCGCCAUUCUUACCUACUGCAAAGAUGCCUUAGAAGACCUGGAUCGAUCUGAAACUAUGAGCAUGCUAUGUUGUCUGCCACCAUUGGACGUGGAUCGGAUUAUUAGCGAUGCCGUCAACAUCCGCUUGAGUUUGGAACACGACGAAAUGUACGAAUAG